CUAUUUCAUUCAAUUUCAUUCAUUCACAGGUCGACUAUCAGGACGUUGCUAGCCGAAGUCCGUUAUCUUUUUUUUAAUUUUUUUGAUUCGCGUCGUGUAGUGUUUGUGACGAAGUAGCGUGAAUUGGCAAGACAGAUAAAAGUGCUCCGGUAACGCACCUGUGGGAUACAUACAGCACGGGAAACAUAGAUGAAACAUGGUAAUGGAAUUAUUUGACAACUCCUUCGAGUACGAUCUCGAAGAUGAGGACUUCUACGAGAGCCCUCCUCUCAAGAAGACCAGCCAGAAGAAGGUCACUUUUAGCGAACACUUCAAGAAGCAUUUAAGACAUUCAGACGAUGGAGAAUACUUGACACCGUUUUCCAUUAUGAAACAAGAAAUCCUGGAUGAAUCCGACGAAGAUCAGCCGCCUAAGGCCCUCGGAUCUAUCCAGAAAGUGCCUUCAAUCAGCGAUUUGUCUGAUCCAGAAGCGUCUUUGGACAUACCGACCCAAGUGCCUCCGCUGACGCCUGGUACGAACAAAACCAUGGCGGAGGCGCUCAAAGCGUCUUUCGCCUCGUGGGAAAAGGAGCAAAUCCGAUUAAACAUUACCAAAGAUCCCCGCCAAUGGAGCGAAAACCACGUCGCCCAUUGGCUACACUGGGCGGCUAAAGAAUUUUCUCUGGAUUGCAUCCCGUUAAACCAGUUCCGGAUGAAGGGAAAAGACAUUUGCUCGAUGGGAAAAGACGCCUUUGCGGCGAGGGCACCCGCCUUCGUCGGUGAUAUUUUAUGGGAGCACUUGGAGUUACUCCAAAAAGACAUUGAAAAAGAACGAGCUUUGAAUAACCUGUACGAGCCAAUAUGCGUUCCAGACAUGACCUACAUCGACUAUUCUCAGGCGCCGCCUCCCGCUCUGCCGCCGCCGGGAGAAGACAGAAAACCUAUUGUCACAAAUUCUCCCCAAACGCCAAGUAACGCCACGUCGCCGACGAACAACAAUUUCGUGAAUGAAGGAGUUUACGGUCAAUUACGGAGUCCCGCGUGUCCACCGCCUUCCGAUGAUUUAAGGGAAGACGGUUCACCACCACCAGGAGUUCCGCCUUCUAGUUACCUCCAACAAUUGCAAAGAAAUCCUUCGUAUCAUCAUGUGAAAGACGGUUACAAAGGCACGUGUCCGCCCGGAAGCGAUUCGUCAGGCGGCAAUUUCGUCGCGAUAGACCACAACCUACCCGCUUUGAGCAAUGAGGACGGACCGCCGCUCUUCCAGGCUCACUUCGCCCCCGACGAGCACGAAUAUCAAGCGCUGGACACGCAUCAGCAACAGUAUUUAGACAAUUCCCCGGAAUUUUACGCCAAUCACAUCUUAGAACAAAAAUAUACGCCGCACAAUUACGUUAAAAACUACGUGAGAAAUACCGGUGGCAGAUUCAACGACGGCUACUCGGACUCUUACGGUGCCCCCUACGACGCCGCUCCCUUCCAGACCGUCCCCAGCGGGCCGGAGCAAUGGGGCGGCCACAAUCACGAGCUAUCCUUGGGCCAUCACCCGCACACGCAUCCCGCCUUUCUCUCUGGCGGCAUGACCAGAGAUCAACUCAACGCCAUGCAGGAUACGAAGCCGAUGAUACAAAACGGGAUGAUCACCGGCUAUCCCGGAAAUCCUGCCGCCGGCGGUCCCUGUUUUACAGGUUCCGGACCGAUCCAGUUGUGGCAAUUCCUCUUGGAGCUGCUCACCGACAAGUCCUGUCAGGCGUUCAUUUCGUGGACGGGCGACGGCUGGGAGUUCAAAUUGACCGAUCCGGACGAAGUGGCCAGGCGAUGGGGCAUCAGAAAAAACAAACCGAAAAUGAACUACGAGAAGCUGUCGCGCGGUCUUCGCUACUACUACGACAAGAACAUUAUUCAUAAGACUGCCGGCAAACGUUACGUUUACCGAUUUGUUUGUGAUCUGCAAACGCUCCUCGGGUACACACCCGAAGAACUACACGCAAUGGUUGAUCUCAAACCGGAAAAAAAAGACGACGACUGAACCACCUUCAAAAAAUUGGAUUAAAACUAGUUAAAAAAAUUACAGAAAAAUCGAAAAAAAUCAAACCAACAGCGCCGAUAGCCGAUGCUAUCGUUUGUUUCGUACGAAAUUACCGUCGUAUAAAAACAUUUGAAUAUCGCGAGGGGACAAUUUUUUAACGAACAAAUUUAUUAAUGAGAACGUCAAUUAAUAUCGAAAAAAUAAAUAAUCCGUGCCAUUAAAAAUACAGUACAUUUUUUAAGAUAAUCUAUUCUCGUCGAAUGUUUAUCGCAUCCGGUUACAUUGUUUCCGAUAGAAAAUUAUUGAAAUAGGCUUUUGUAACGUCUCGGAAUUUUUGAAUUUUUACAUAGUUUUAGGAACGAUUUAUUUUUUAUAAUUGCUAUUAAAUUCGAAUGGAUUCAUAGGAAAAUGAAAGCCAGUCGAUUAAUUAUUAUAUUAGAUACUAAAUUUCAUGUCUUAUUUAUUAACCAUAAUUAAUUGAAGUGACAUUAAGUCUGUAAUUAUCUGGCUUAAUUUAAUUAAUUGUGAUUCCUAUAAUUGCUUUCUUCAAAUUUCAAUUUACAUAAUUUAGAAGUUCAAUGUAGAAAAAAUUUAAAAGCUUUACAAGUGAACGAAUAAAGUUGCUCGAUAAUUAAGUUAAUGUUGCGGAAUCAGAGUUCGAUGGAAAAAAAUUGUGCAAAAUAUUCGAUUUUGAUAAAAUCCGAAAACAUUUUGUCAGAAAUUCGCAAAAUUUUGCUCAUAAUCGAUCUUUAUGAAUUAUUCAGUGAAAAUCGAUUAUCAAAUUUUCUUUCAAUCGGGAACUUGAUUUAUUUUAACAUUAACUUAUUAUUGCAACAAACUUUAUUUCGAUCUAUUACAUUCAUUUCCAUUGAAAACUUUACAGAAUUUUUAGAAAAACUAAUAAUUUGAACCUGUUAUCAGUUUAAAGUUAAUUAGUUUUAUAAAAAUUCAUAACGAGUUUUAAAGUAUCUCAUUAUAAAUAGUCGACUGUUAAAUUAAUCGUUUCAUUCCGAUAAAAACGUACAAAUUCGAUGUCAGUGAUACGGUUAAUUUGAAUUUUCAAAAAAGAAUAUUUUCCCUCCCUCCUUUUUGCUCUGCAAAUCCUCAAUAUCGAAGAUAUUAAUUAAUCAACAAAUGUGUGAUUUAUAAGAUAAUAAUUAAACUUAAAUAUUAUAUUUUUUUGGUAAAAAAAGUUGUAUAGUGUUUCUUCUACUCGCAAAGAAAUUAGUAAUCUAAAAUAAUUGAUUAAAGGAUAUUCGAGAAGACCAAACACCCUGUAUAUACUAUUACUAUUGUGAUAAGUUUAUUAAAUCAAAGUUUAUAUAGUGAGGAAAUUGAAUUUUCGCGAAGUACGUGUUGACUGUUCAAAUUGUUUAAUGUUUAGAAAGUUUUUUCAUUUGAAAUUGAACCGUUUUUCGACCGUCUCUUGACGAUUGGCUAAAUAGGCGAAUCUUCUUCUAAAUGCCAUGUGUUAUUUGUUAUACAUUUUCCUAAGGAAUAAAUAAUCGUCACGCUAAUUAGAAGUAUCUUAAAGUGGGGCUAGUUUGCUCCUACCAGUUUAAUAAGUGAUAUUUUGCAGCAAAUUUCAACAAAACAAAUACAUAUAAUUUUUUGCGGUAAAUUUCUCUGCAGGUAUUUAAUUUAUUAGUUAAGUAUAUUCUCCCCACUUUAAGGUACUCAAAAUUAUUUUUAUAAUUCGCUCCUCUGUGGUCCAGGAUUGAAUCUCAUCUUAACGACAUGAAAAUAACGACAUUUCGGCAUAUAAGUGGUGCAUUUAUACGAACAAAUCGUCGCUAAUAAUUUUAAUUUUAAUUGUAAGUUUGAUCGAAGCCUCUCUCGUCUAUUUCGCCGACCGGCUCGCGACGGUUCUUGUUGAAAUUGAAAUGGACGUUGUUCGAACGUCGUCCGGCAAUAUUUUACCCAUAAUUUGUUCUCCGUUUUUUCUUUUUUAAAUAUGUUAGUAACGUUAUUUCUAUAAAUGUGGUCUCAAACACGACGUGCACGAUUGCAAGUGAAUUCGAUUGCCGAAAUUCAAAACGAGCGUUCUCGUCUCGUGUCUAACUUUCUACUUAAAUUUUUAGUUCGACGCGAAUUCACUUCGGGUCGCGCGACAAUUUGCAAGUAUGUUUAAGGUUUAAGUUAUUUUAAAAUUUUCGAACACAAGCGGUGUAAACGCAGUUGCGGGCCUCGUUAUAGGGGGCCUUUCUGUGUUCUUUUUGUGUUUAUUCUACAUAUAAUUAAUGUACUAAAUGAGAUGUUUCAAUAAAAUAUAUUGGUUUUAAU